GUCUAAAGGGAACAGUGUUAUAUGUAUCAUCUGAUAAUUUGGGAGCACAUUCAUUUGCUGGUUUUCAGGAGUCCUUUAAUGUUGACAAGUUUUGUCGUUUUUGUUUAGCCAGUCGUAGUGAUAUUCAGAGUUGUUCUGUGCAAAGUAAGUCAUUUUUGUUGAGAACAAAUGAGUCCUACAAUGAGAGUAUUUCCAGGCUGAAGGAGAAUGAGUGCUUGAAAAGUGUUGACGGAGUGAAAAGAGACUGUGUAUUGAACAAAUUAUCUUACUUUCAUUGUAUAAAAGGUUUUCCUCCUGACUUCUUACAUGACCUGUUAGAAGGUGUUGUACCUUUUGAACUCUGUUUGUGUUUGAAAAAAUUAAUUCAACAGAAGUACUUUACAUUGGACUAUUUGAACACUGUCAUACAGCGCUUCCCCUACAAAUUUUCUGACAGUGUUAACCGUCCACAGAGAAUUCCAGAAAAAGUACUUAAAAGUAAAACUAUAGGAGGCAACGGCCAUGAAAAUUGGACCCUUUUGAGGUUGCUGCCUCUGUUCAUAGGGGAUGUUGUUCCUGAAAAUGAUGAUGCAUGGGCUGUAAUUCUGGAACUUAAAGACAUUGUGGAACUUUUGGCAUCCUCCAGUUUUACAGAUGAAAGCUUGUGUUAUCUUGAUGCCAAAAUAAGUGAGCACAGAAAACUAUUACUGACUGUGUUUCCAGGACUGCAACUGAAACCUAAACAUCAUUUUAUUGAACACUACACUCAUUUGAUCCGCUGCUUUGGACCACUGGUAGAGUUCUGGACGUUACGAUUCGAAGCGAAACAUAGUUUCUUCAAAAAAGUGGUUCGUGAUGUCAAUAAUUUCAAAAACAUUCUAUUGACUCUGUCCCUCAGACAUGAACUUAUGUUGGCAUACUACCUGGACACGCCCAACCUGUUUAAACCAACAGUGGAAUUAAAAGGAGUAUCAAAUAUUUCCCUGGACAUUCUGGCCCCCUCUGUCAAACAAGUGAUUGAGAAGAAAUGUAGAACUCUGAGCAGUGUAUCUCUGGCCACAACCGCAUACAUUCACGGGACAAGAUACACCAAGGGAAUGUUCUUGUCAGUUGGAAGCACAAGUGGCCUUCCUGAUUUUUGUAAGAUUAUACAUGUGUUGCUUGUAUGCAACAAGCUAUUUUUUCUUCUGGAACCUUUCUCAGCUUGGUAUCUGGAGCACCUACGAUGUUACGAAGUCUGCAAGAGAGACCCUACUCAACUGACGGUAGCCGAACCUGAAGACCUGAACCACUACAUCCCAUUGUCAGCAUACACCGUGCACGGCCGACUUCUGGUUUCACCGAAGGCAUUUCCUGUACAUUAAGACGUCAACGACAGAGUACAAGACGGUUCAAGUCUGCAAGAGAGACCCUGCUCAACUGACGGUAGCUGAACCACUUACAUCCCCGUUGUCAGCAUACACUGUGCAAGGCUGACUCGUGGUUUCAGGGAUUUCUUGUACAUUAAGACGUCAACAACAGAGUACAAGACGGUGCUAGUUCAUCCUGUCCAAGAUCAACUCCAUCGAGCUGAAGAAAACCAGCAGUCACAAGUCCACUUAAGAUCUGUCUGCUUGUGUAGGCCUCUCUCAGUUUCAUCAUGCUGCUGCGCAUCAUCUUGAGCGAAAAUGACAUAAGAAAGGUUACCAUUGACACCUUGCCGGAGACUGUUCAUGACUUCUGCUCAAUCCUGAAGACCAAACUGGGACUGGAGGGCGACCUUGUGAUUCAGUAUCAGGACCCCGAGUUCGACAAUGAACUGUGCAAUUUAAGUAGCAUGUCGGAGCUUCAUAAAGAUAAAGCAACUUUGAAAGUGCACACCAAGUCUUCUGAAUACAACACAGACUCAACUCUAGACACGGCAAGCCUGUCAUCUUCCCUCGAGGAUAGCCCCCAUGGUACCCAAACUCGUCAGCUGCCUCAACCAUUCGUCAUUCCUGCUUUUUCUUUUGAUGUUGAGUUGAAACUGAGGCAAGGGAAUGAUGCCUUCCAUAGACAUGGGAGCCUUCUUGACAUUUCAAAAGACAUGAAAUCGGACAUCUUAGACAAGUUAGCAGAAGCCAUAUAUGCUCACAAUCCCUACCCAUCACGUGAGGACUAUGAUCAUGUGGCCCAAGCUCUCAUCAACAAGCAUCCUUGUCUGAAGGAACCAGGGUCUGUUGGUGGGUGGUAUUGCUGGAAGUUUAGUUUAAAGUUCAAAAUGGGAAAUUUCCGGCAGAAAAUGCGAGUGGCUGGUUGCUCCGAGCUCAGAGUGAACGCACGUACCUCUGGAUCAACAAGUUCAAAAAGACUAAAGAGGGCCAGAAAGUCAGAAGUGAACUUCCUGCCAGAUUUUCCAGAAGGGAAAGCCCAAAGUGACCUUGAGACAGAGAGAUCUACCAUGGUCAGCGAGAUGAAGAAAAGAAAGGUUGAUUGGAACCAAAUUGGUGAGAUGAUGAGUAACACGUUCCCCUUACGGAGGAAAGAAAUUGUUGAGGAUGAACCCCUUGUGGAACAAGUGAAAGACAGGUGGCCAGCCUUGUUUGCUGAACGGGAGAUUGAAGCAGAAUUUGCUCGCCUUACAUCUGUUGAUCUGAAGGGCUCCUUCUUUGCUGGGCUGGACCAGUAUCUGGCAAGAUUCCUUGAGCUGUACAAAGCAAAAAGUGGCAUAGUGGGCCUGAACAGGUUGAUGAGAUGUCUCAAUGAUGAUAGCUCCACACACCGCAAGAGGACAGUUCUUCUGCUGGGCCUUCCUCACUUUCUCAAGGAGGAUCCGUCCGGUUUUUUUAAGACUGUCGAGGCCACAGAUGAAGAGGACACGUUCACAAAGGGGAUGAAAGUCGGUGUUGUGAUGGUGAAGGAUGGAGAAGAAAUCAUUGACACCGCUGUGGUCCUUGAGGAAGCAGUGAUCCUGUCUGAACUGAAGGACAUCCCACGUGCCAUUGCUUUGCUGAUGGGUCUGCUUUUUUCUCUAAACAUAGACUAUCCAAAGGAACUAAGGUACACAUUUGAGAUCAUUCAGAAAGUCCUGAUGAACAUCGGUGGAGGACAGUGUUCCUCACUUGUCCAUGGUUUCAGAAACCGACUCCUGCGGAAAACCAUGUGAGAUUGUGCUCGGAUGACUUGUCUAGCACCGGACUCAUGUUAAAAUUGUCUGGUAUUCAAGUCAGUUCAUAUUUUGCUGUCUAUUUUUUGUAGCAUUUGCUAAUGCUAUUUUCUGUUAAAUGAGCAGGAACACAGCAGACCAUUUCUGCCAGUGAAAGAGAAAAGACCCCCCUCCCCAGAGCCAAAUUUGAGUUUAAAAAAAAAGUCAAAUUGAUGAGAAAAUGUCCAAAUUAUGAAAUUUAAAAUUUGAGUUAAAAAUGUAAAAAAUUACGAGGGUCAGAACGUCCCCUGAAUACCAUGGGAACAUUUUUUCUCUUUUCACAGGCAGAAAUGGUCUUCAUACAGAUAGACCUGCAGACAGUUUACAAAGUGCCAUGUUCAAGGCAAAAGAUGGACCUAUUUCCAUGACACUCAGUUCAUCUGCAAAGGUCCAUACAGUAUACUGUAGUUAUUUGAAGAUCUUCACGAUCAUUCUUCUAUCACCAUUUCUAUCUGGUUUUUGACAAUUUUGCAUCAAAAAGUGUUGUCUUUGUAUUCAAGACACAACAAUUUAAACAAUUAGUCCAGUGGAUUUGGUUGAAAAAUUCAAUUCAACAAAUGUGAGAUGCUGAGUAGUGUGCACAUUUAUGCAUUUGACAUUUUCAGUUUCAUGGUGACAGGCAUGUGCGCAGUUCAAGAAAAUGUUACACAUCUAAAGCUACUCAUUUAUUUGUAUCGACAAAUUGAUACUUGGAAUGUUCAGUUUUUGAUUGUAUGAAGGACUUAGAGCAAGUCUUAAUAUGUUGAAAUAUGUCCUGUGGUGUUGAAAAAGAAUGUUAUCCUUGAUCUUUGUGGCCCUCCACUGACAACAUUUUCAUUUUUGGUGACAGCCAGAUGAGCAUUAUGUAAAGCCAUUUGUUCUCUUGUAUGGCAGUAUUGUCACAAUGCUUGCAAUGCUGUAAAUUUGAAGGAGGUUCAGUAAAUCGUGACAGGUGUGUGCUCCAAUAAAUAUUUAACUGGCUGCA